UAGAACUACUCAGUGUGUUGACUGUGUAAUAGCUCAAGACACUCACUGUGUAUAAGUGCUGUGUAUAAGUACGGUACUGUCGUAGUUCGCUGGAUUCAUAAUGAUCUUACCCUAGCGAUAUAUCACAAAUAGACUCCAACUAUAUCCCACUGUAACAUGGCUACCAAGCACACUGUCAACGAAAUAAUGAAGCCCGCAACCAGCACUGACAGCACCGUUACGGCAACCCAGACAGUCUCAAGUCUUGCCGAUGUCUCAGAAGAGACAUACCGGAAGGGGCUCUUCUGGAGUCGUAUCCGACAUACCCUCCGCGAGCCAUUGUCAGAGUUCUUUGGCACCAUGAUCCUGAUUCUCUUCGGCGACGGUGUGGUUGCGCAGGUCACUCUGAGUCAAGAUCAGAAGGGGGAUUAUCAGUCUAUUUCAUGGGGCUGGGGAAUCGGCGUCAUGCUUGGUGUUUAUGCAAGUGGGAUAUCCGGCGCACACAUUAAUCCCGCUGUGACAUUCGCUAACUGCGUAUUUCGGAAAUUCCCCUGGCGCAAAUUCCCCGUGUACAUGCUUGCCCAAGUGCUAGGCGCAAUGAGCGGCGCCGCGAUAGUAUACGGGAACUACAAAUCUGCAAUUGAUACGUACGAAGGAGGGUCCCAUAUUCGCACUGUGCCGGGCUAUUCAUCCACCGCGACGGCGGGCAUAUUCUGUACGUAUCCCGCAGCAUUUAUGACCAAGACAGGCCAGUUCUUUUCCGAGUUUGUAGCGAGCUCGAUCUUGAUGUUUAUGAUUUUCGCGCUCAAGGAUGACAAAAAUAUCGGCGCGGGGCCGUUAACGCCGCUGGCGCUGUUUUUUCUGAUUUUUGGUAUCGGUGCGUGCUUUGGCUGGGAGACUGGCUAUGCUAUUAACCUGGCAAGGGACUUUGGUCCUAGACUGGUCUCGUACAUGAUCGGUUACGGCCAUAACGUCUGGGCGGCGGGGAAUUAUUAUUUCUGGGUCCCCAUGGUUGCCCCCUUUUUUGGCACUACAUUCGGUGGCUGGCUUUAUGAUAUGUUUCUGUAUGUGGAUGAAAGCCCGGUCAACACGCCGUGGGUAGGAGUCAAGAGAAUUAUACUUCCGCAACAGUCAACAGCCAUUCACCGCAGUGUGGUGUGAUCCAUAUACGAACUAGAUGAGCCGAAACCAACAUUUGGAGUGAUGUCCAGAGAGACAAAUGGACCGAAGUAGUCUAGAUUUAUACGUAAUAUCGCUCUAGCAC